ACAUUCGGAAUUCUCAGUGAAAAGAAGUGCAUUUUAAAAAAGAUGUUUAGUGAAAAGGCCUUUCAGAGUGUGUUGUUCUUGGUGGUUAUUGUGGCUCAAAGAGCCAAUAGUGCUCUGCAAAUUGCCUCCUGUGAAAAUGCAUCAAGCAAUACAACCCACUGUGUCUUCAACAAUUUAAUUGGUAGCAGCAUCAUCUUCAAGAGUCAAUCAUCGACAGAGAUGGUAUCUGUGGAAUUCAAGAAUUGCAAUUUUCCAAAGGUACCCAUAACUCUACUCAGUACCUAUCCCAAUGUUAUGAGAGUGGAUAUGUCCAAGUGCCAGAUGCGUCAGCUCAAUGGUAAGAUGACCCUGAGUGGCGCGAAGAAGCUCAAGAUACUCGAUAUGUCGGAGAAUAACUUGGAUGAACUGAGUGAUGGGGUGUUCAGUGAGGGUGCAGAACUGGUAGAACUCUAUCUGGCACGCAAUCAAAUCUCUACAGUGGCAAUAAAUGCCUUUGCAGGGCUCAAGAAGCUCGAAAUACUUGAUUUGUCCUUCAAUACCAUUAAAACGAUGAGAGGGGAUGUUUUCUGGGAUCUGCGCCAAAUAAGGAUUAUCUAUGUGAACAACAAUGCCAUGUCCACCAUGAGGAUUAGCUUUGUCAAUUGCACGAACAUUGAGGAAUUCGACGGGAGUCACAAUGACCUUUCGGAUUGGUCCCUGACGUAUCCAGCAAAGUCCAAAGUUGUCCUCAAUUUGUCUUAUUGCAAACUCAAGAAUACCUAUAGCAGUGCAGCUGACAAGGGUGACCUUAUAAUUGAUGGGAAUGCUGUGGAUUACAUCAAGAUUUAUGGGCAGGUGACCAGGGUCAGUGCCAAGUACAACAAGCUCAGAUUUGCUGAGAUUGAUCCCAAACUACCCAUUACCACGCUUGAAUUUGCUGGCAACUACAUCACAGACAUUGCGAAUAUCACGAAAAUUAAAACUGUUGAGAAGCUCGAUCUUUCCGAGAAUCGUCUCCUGCCCCUGACUUCCGAAACCUUCAGCCUAAUGCAGGAACUCCGUGUUCUCAAUCUCAGAUCCACGGGAAUCUCUCUCAAUGGAGAAUUACUGACAAAUCAGAAGAAACUUAUUCACUUGGAUAUUUCUGCCAAUGACCUAACAUCCCUCAAUCUCAGAGAUCUCAAAACUCUCACCAGCCUCAAGACACUCUUCCUCCAUGAGAACAAACUGACUGAAUUGAAGCAUCUGGAGGAUAUCAAGGAGAUUCUACCCAGUUUGACCACGAUCUCUCUGUCCAAGAACCGCUUCACCUGUUCCUACAUUCAGCGCAUCCUGACCCUACUUGAGAACCUUCGGAUAAAUGUCCUCUUGGACACGAAAAAUCUCGCAAACCUCAAUACCAACGUCCUGGGAAUCGAUUGCUACGCUACCGACGACGUCGUGGCCAAUAACUCCUCCGCCCUGCAGAGAAUGCUGAUUUUCCGCGAAAGUGCCUUGGAUUUGGAGAAUCGCUUCAAGGUCCUGUUCAAGAACAUCGACGCCCAGCUCAGUGCAAAUGUCAACAAUCUCAUAGACAUCCUUCAGCCAGCGCUACAGAAUCCUAAACCUCAAAGUGAGAACCUCAAAAAUCUUAUCACAGAAUUUGGUGAAGUUCAAAGGGCAAAAGCCGAUGAACUUCAGCAGAAACUUGCAGAAAUUGCCAACACUUCCGUUGAAUUUGCCAAAUUCCGCGAUAAAUUCAAUUCCCUGCAGCUGGAUGAGAAACUAUCAGUCCUAUUGAGUGAUGUCAACACAGCCAAAAGGGUCAAUGAGGAGAAUGUUGAGGAACUCACAGCCAAACUUACAGCUGAUCAAAAUACUUUCAGCUACGCCACGCUAAUUGGAAACAUCUCUGCCCAACUCAGAAAUAUCUCCUCCCCCGGCCAAUCCCAAUCAAUUGAUCAACUGAGAUCAGAAUUUUCAUCCUGGAAGUAUAUUUUUAUUUCUUCAUUUUUACUAGUUGUCCUAGUUGGUGUUUUCUUUGGUGCUAAAUUGUACAUAAAGCGCAAAGCUUCGCUGUUUGUUUCCCGAGAAAAUUUAACAUCUUCCGAAAUGAUUUAAAUAAAGCUGUUUAAGUUGAGAA